AGUUCGUACCAGGACCCGGGACUAGGGCCUGGCGCAGGCCCAGCAGACCCAGCAGGGAAGCGUGCCUCCUCCCCCACCCCCGGCCAACCCAGGCACUUCUACCCAGUAGAAUCGGGGUACCAGUUCCAGGUCCAGGUCCAGUUCGGAAGGAAUCAGGUCCAGUUUGAAUCCAAAAAUAAAAUGAACUUGUUACUACAUAACAAUCCCGACCAGGCACACUGUGUGUUCGUCAUGGAAGCGAGAGUGGCUCCAUUAAAGCCAUCCACAAUCCCUCGCAUGGAGUUGACAGCUGCAACAACGGAGAGCAGAAUGGACACAGUGUUGAGGAAGGAGCUGCAAAUGGAAUUGGCAGACUCCACUUUCUGGACGGAUAGCACCUCCGCGCUAAAAUACAUCAAUAACAAAACUUCACGAUUCAGAACCUUUGUGGCGAACAGAAUUUCUGAGAUUGCCAAGGUGUCACAAGUACAGCAAUGGAGACACUUCAAUUCUGCGAACAACCCAGCAGACAUGGCUUCUCGAGGUCUGACAGUUAAAGCCUUUCUGAAGAAUGAGAUCUGGCCAGCUGGACCUUCAUUUCUUCGGCAGGCACAAGAAGAAUGGCCUCGGAAUCCAGAUGGACUGGAAGAAAUCUCGCCCAAAGACUGUGAAGUCAAGAGCAUCAGUGUCAACGCAACUCUGAUAAUGGAGGAAGUGGAUCCAACGACCCGCUUCAUCAACCAUUACUCAACCUGGACUGGUUUAAAGAGAGCUGCAGCAUGGGUGCUUAGAUUCAAAGAAUGGCUUCAAAGCAAGAAGAAGAAACAAAUGAGUGAUCCACAUACCACUCAGAAAGCCAUUGGACUCUGAGUGGAAGAACUGGCUCAUGCUGAAAUGCAGAUCAUCCGCUUUUGCCAGAAAAAGCGAUUUGCAGAGGAAAUCUCUUUUUUGAGAAGAGGGAUGAAUGUCAAGAAAAAGUCACAUUCAUAAACUCAAUCCCAUUCUGGAGAAUGAUGUACUGCGAGUUGGAGGGCGUCUCAGCCGUGCAGCCAUGCCGGAAGAAGAGAAGCAUCCAAUUAUACUUGGCAAGGAUUUUCACAUCUCCAAUCUCAUUCUCAGACAUGUAAAUCAGGAGAUAGGACAUGGUGGCCGGAAUUACAUGUUAUCCAAAUUACGCCAAAAAUAUUAGAUUCCCGGCGCCACAGUGUCAAUCAGAAAGAUUCUGUCAAAGUGUGUUGUUUGCCGCCGCUUGAAUGCUACUCCUGGGCAACAACUGAUGGUUGAUCUUCCCUCGGACAGUUUUUCACCUGACGAACCACCCUUCACAUAUGUUGGAGUUGAUUACUUUAGACCCUUUGGAGUGAAGCGUGGCAGGAGUGUGGUGAAGCGUUACGGCGUGAUUUUCACAUGCUUGACCAUGAGAGCAGUUCACCUGGAGGUGGCAUCCUCACUCGACACAGAUUCCUUUAUCAAUGCCCUCCGCCGUUUUAUUGCCAGACGUGGACAAAUAAAGGAGCUAAGAUCAGACAACGGCACCAAUUUUGUUGGGGCUCAACGUGAGCUGAAGGAGGCCAUUAAAGGUUGGAAUCAGGAGCAGAUCCACAAUGCAUUGCUCCAGAAAGGAAUACGCUGGAUUUUCAAUCCCCCUGCUGGUUCACACCAUGGUGGUGUAUGGGAGAGAAUGAUCAAGUCAGUGCGAAAAGUUCUCAAUUCUACCUGAAACCUGCAGAGUCUGGACGAAGAAGGCCUUCAAACAGUAUUCUGUGAAGCUGAAGCGAUUCUCAAUGGGCGACCAAUCACUAUGGCUUCUACAGAUCCUAAUGACCUUGAAGCAUUAACGCCAAACCAUCUUUUGCUUCUCAAUUCCAAACCAUCACUGCCACCAGGAGUGUCUGAGAAGACAGACAUAUAUGCUCGUCGCAGAUGGAGACAGAUACAUGUCGGAUGUAUUCUGGAAAAGAUGGAUUCAGGAAUAUCUUCCACAACUGCAGGAGCGGCAGAAAUGGGCUCGAACCAGACGCAACUUCUCUUCAGGAGACAUCGUGAUCGUCGUUGAUGAUUCAGCUCCACGAAACUCCUGGCCGAUCGGCAAAGUCGUUGAGACCAUCACAGACAGCAAAGGACUUGUGCGCAUGCUACGGAUCAAGACCAAGUUUGGACAUUUGAACAGACCUAUCAGCAAGGUUUGCCUGUUGCAAGAGGCAGAACUUUAAGAAGCACAUCUCUUCUUUGCAACAUUGCCCCUUGCCCUUUAUGCACUGUGCAGACGACUUAAAGACCUUGCCAAUGGACAAUGGGUACGUGAAUGCUCCACAUCUGACUGAAGGCCAUGUGCAAGUAACUUCGUCUUACACAUCUUUCACUCUUUUCUUAACUUCUUUCACCUACUGGUAGGGUAUGCAGUUUUAUGAAGCAUUUAUUAUUAUAGUGUAAUUAUGACUGAAUUACAAUGUGACAAUGAUGUGUAUUUUUGUAGUCAUUGAAUUGGAGUAUGAUCGUAAUGGUAAUUAUUGGUAUACUUUCGGUAACACAAUAAUUAGGGGCCGGAAUUGUAUGAGCCAUAAUGCCUAUUAGUGUUGAUUUUGAUUAUGUUAAACCAGGGAUCGGCAACCUAUGACACGCGUGUCAGCACUAGCACGCGAAGGGUUAACCAGUGACACGCGAGGGCAUGGCAAAAAAAAAAAAAAAAAAACUGCGUGGAAUGUUUAUUGUCGGUUGUAUCUUUAUCACUUGCUGAAGCGCCCCAUCUUGUGGCCGUUUUAUUUAUUGGUUCUAAAACAGUAGAAGAAAAAUGCAAAUAGGAAGUUCUUCAAAUGGGAUUCAGUGUGUUACAUGGCAGCUCCACUCUCACAACUUGAGUGGCAUUUGUGGUCUUUAGAGCCAUGUUUGUGAGUAUUUUGUUGUCAAAUUGAGAAUUACACUCUUUAUAUUGUCUUUAGGUUGCAUGUUUGAGGGGAAAUGUGUUUGAUAUUUCUAAUUAAGAACUACUGAAUACAGGCUAAUUGUGUUUGCAUAUAUGGAUGGCAUUUUUGUUAUUUGCAGCAUUGUUGCUGAUUGCAUGUAUUUUUUCAUUGGUUUAGUUUCAUAAAAAUGAAAAGAGACACAUAAAGGAUUACUGAAAACAUCUGGAGUGUGAACCUUUUCAUGUUUAGCUGUUUGGAUAGCGGAAGCGAGCCCAUUUACAAUGUGCCUUUUUACCGGAAAUUAAGGCAUUUUCAGUUGCGCGCCCUGUUAUUUAGGGGCUUUACGGGACCGCCCCUCUCACCCACUCUGCCUGUGGCGUUAUA